AUGGCAACCCGCAAAGCCGUCCAAAGUAUUGCCGCAGGUAUUGGCCUCGUUUCGGAGGGUAUCUCUGCUCGCAAAUCCAAGAAACAGAGUCAGAUCGGCCGCGAAAACGAAAGAGACCAAAGGCAGAGUACGAGUCCCGCGGAUGGUGAUGAACAUAAACUUCCCGAAUUGUCGGUACAGGAACUCGGCAUCACGGAGAGAACGGGGUCGGGGACCCUAGAAGAGCAAUGGGCACUCGAUGAAGCACAGGAUGAGCUCGCUCGCCCAUUGCAAGAGAAAGGAUCGAAGGAGGAUAUGGACGAGGGCCGUCUUGCAGAUCGCUUCAUCUCCGUGUAUCCUGCUCCACCACCCUACACACCUAACCCGGAAGCACCGCGGACUCAAUUAUCAGCUCCCGUUGUCCUGCCCCAGCGCAGACCCAAGGAUCGUACACGCGGCUUCAUCCGCGCGUAUGCUCCUGCUCUCGGCGAUUGCGGGAUUGACCAAGCCAUGUUCAUUGAUUUCCUUGCUACCGCCGAGAAGGCCUGCCAAGCAUCACCAUGGCUCAAUGCGAUCAACCUGGCGUCCAUCGGGACCAUGUGGCUACCCUUUGUGACUGGAAUUGCCGUCUCAAUAGCCAUUAAUAUUGCUACGGACGUUGCAAUUGCCGUUGAUGGUCGUCGAAAGACAAACACCUUCUUCGAUAAGGUCAAUAAAGAGUUCUUUCAGCCUCGGGGUCUCUACUGCCUCGUGAUGACCUGGAACCCUGAACUCUCCGAUGCUCCAUCCACAACGGUUGAUCUCGACCACUUCAUUUCCAAGGCCGCCAAUGGUGGUAGCUCCGAUAUGCUGGGACGACUCCAGCACAAGCUCAAAUCCUCCGAUGGAAAGACAUAUGGCAAUAUCUUUCCAGAGGUUGCGCCUCUGAUUUUCCCGCAGAUCGACGAAUUGGCCGCCGAUCAAGAUGCCGAGAAAAAGCUAUCAAAGAUGAAGAAAAAGAAAGAAUUCGUCGCCAAAUAUAUGGAUAAGCGGGCCCAAGCCAAGUUUACAGCCAAAAACCCCGACAGUCACUUGAACCAGGGCCCCAAGCCGACUUUCACAUCGCGAUAUGCUGACCCGAACCACCCGGCCAGUAGCGGUGAUCUCAUUGCCCUGGUGACUGGUGGCCACAUUACGAGAGAGAAGCUCUCAGGCUUGAAGGGCGGGCAGGGAUUUGGAAGAGGAUGUUCACUCAACGCGACGAAUACCAAUUAUUCCCGUUGGGAUACAAAUUCGAAUGAGCCUGCACCUCAUGCGCCGCACGGUGGGGUCUUUGGGCUGCAAGAUAUCAUUGGAAAUGUGAGGGAUCUGCGAAGCCCCCAAGACUCUACACAGGCCCCAUCCAGGGGGCGUUUCGGAACGGAUAAUGCAGACAGGGGACUUGAGAAGUUGCCAUCGUUGCGAGACAAUAAGGACAACAUGAGCCCUCUGACACCAGUUGCGAAGUUGCUUAAGAAGCAAGUUUUGUACUUGGCCAUUGUCAACAUGCCUUCCGAAGGUGAAAUGAGCCGAGCACGCGAGGCGCUGGGCCAGAUAUAA